AAAUUUGUUUAAGUAAAUCGUAACUAGUUUUCAGCGGGGCCGGGAAGAUAUUCCCUGACUGAUAUCAAGAAAGGCGACAACAAUUCGCAAAGAGUGGAAAUAAUUGUAAAAUAUCCAUGGGGUUCUGAAUCUCUUGAAACUAUUACUCUAGGCAGUCAUGACAGGAAACUUACUAAUGCCCAACUAGAGUUCCAGGAGAACAAAAAAACCAUUCACGCUCACGCCAUUGUCAGUCAGAUAAAUCUAACAUCGAUGUUCAUGAAUUCCAUCUGCGACGCUUUCGAUGAAACCCUUGUAGUGAAUAAAGCUAGGAAGUUAUUGAGGCUACACAAAAAAUUGGCACCUUUCAAGAUUAGUUUGGCUGUUAGUGGGGCAGAUCAGUCUUCCACGGCUGAACUUUCCGAUCUCGCAGUAUAUAUCUGCAGACAACUAAGAACCAACCAUGUGUCUACUUUACUGUUGCCGAGUUCAAAUCAACUGAAAUUGGAUGCUCAGUUCAAACAGUACGACGAACUUGGCGUGCCUUACACCAUUCUACUGAGCGACAGCACUCUUAAAGAUGGGAUAGUUUUUUUGAGGAACAGGGAAACCACCCUCAAGGAACAAGUACAUGUGAGCCAAUUAGUGACUUAUAUAGACCAGUUAUUGAAGAACUACUGAAGCAUAUUCAUUUUCAAUAAAUAUUUUGUUUAUGAUUUGAUA